UGCGCGUUGCUUCGUGGCGGGAACCGCAUGUGGCGCAGUGACAAGGUACGGCACGCGCCGGAAGCAAACGACUCCAAUAUGGCGAAUGUAAGGGACAGCGAUACAUCGUUGUGGCUACAUAAUAAGCUUGGUACGUCGAACGAUAGCUGGACCGGCAGUUCAAUUUGCUCGCAACUUAAUGCCGAAGUAUUGCGGAACAUCAAGGAUUGUUUUCCCGACCUGCAGACGCAGGUCAAGCUCAAACUACUCUUGUCGUUCUUCCACAUACCCAGGCGCAAUGUUGAAGAGUGGCGUGUGGAACUGGAGGAGAUCAUUGAGGUUGCAUCUUUGGACAGUGAGCUGUGGGUAUCGAUGUUAUCCGAAGCGAUGAAGACUUUUCCAUCAACUGGUUCUUUAAAUACAGACAUCACUGAUCUAGAUGAACAUAGACCAAUUUUUGGCGACUUGGUCAACGAUUUGCGGAAACUUUUAAAAAAACAGAAUGAUCCUGCUAUGCUUCCCUUAGAAUGUCAUUAUCUUAACAAGACUGCAUUGACUUCCGUGGUAGGUCAGCAACCCACUCCAGUCAAACAUUUUACUCUCAAGAGAAAACCAAAAAGCGCAGCUUUGAGAGCAGAAUUGCUUCAGAAAAGUACCGAUGCAGCUAAUAAUCUCAAGAAAAGCACAGCUCCCACUGUACCAGUGAGAAGCAGAGGAAUGCCACGAAAAAUGACUGAUACAACACCUCUAAAGGGAAUUCCAAGCAGAGUUCCAACAAGUGGUUUUCGAUCUCCAUCGCUUACAAACACACCUAUAUCUAACAGAACAUCGAUCAGCAAUAGAAUUCGUAAGGAUGGCGGUAUUAAAUUACUGGACAUUAAUGAGCAACCUCUUGGAUACGCACAAGCAAAAAAGAGGAAAAAGAUGUUGGAGAUGGAGGAGCAGCAGAAGAAAGUCGCAGAGGCGCAAGCAGCUGCCGCAGCUGCAGCAGCUUCAACGGUUACACCAGUCGUGGAAACCCCGACGACUCCGGAAUACGCGCAAGGAUUGGCCUCGAUAAAUCCGCCUGCUACGCCUGUUGCACCAGCUGCAGUAGCUACAGCCCAACCCUAUUCUGCACCGAGCACGCCAAGCAGCAUUUCUGUUACGACUACACAGCAAACACCUACUACGUUAACUACUACUACCACCACAACUCCCACUACUGUACUAGUAGCUGCACCGACGGUAAUAACGCCAGUGGAAAGCACACCAGUCGCUGUGCAAACAGUUAGACCGGCUCAGACAGUCACGCAGAUUCGUAUACAAACUACCACACAACCUAAUGCGGCUAACCCAAGAAAAGGUCUAUCUCUUACGCGAGAACAAAUGCUGGAAGCACAAGAAAUGUUUAGAACUGCGAAUAAAGUAACGCGUCCAGAAAAGGCUCUUAUCUUAGGUUUUAUGGCUGGUUCUAGAGAUAAUCCUUGUCCAAAAUUGGGCAAUAUAGUCACAGUGAUGCUUUCGGAAAAUAUAGAAGAAGUAACACAAUCGGAUGGAACGAAUGUUCCGAUGUUGGUCGAAACUCAUUUUCAAAUGAAUUACACGAACGGCGAAUGGAAGAGGAUAAAGAAAAAUCGACGUAUCGUAACGGAGGAAUCUACAUCAACGUCCACUCCCGCGCCGAAUGCGACCGCCACAGCUUCCAAUUGAAAGGACUUGUUCAAAUCAUAGGAUCUAUAUAAAGUAUUGCUUUGUGGUUAUUAGAGGAUAACGAUUAUGAUCGUACGUCUUCUUAGUGAAUUGAUAAAGACGUUACCAAAUUAACAAUAAUUUGAUUCACGUUUUUAUAAAAUUUAAUAAGAAUCGUUAAAUAGUGAUUUUUAGUUGUAAAUUUCCCUAUAAAACUAAUUUCUCCAUUUUCUAACAUCAAAAUUAUAUAAGUCUUAAUAAUUUUCAUAUACUGAAAUUCACUUUAAGAAAAAAUCUCCAAAUUUGCUCUCAAUUUUUCUAACACUUCCUCUUUAACGCAUACAUUCAUAUAAAUAUGUAUAUGAUUUAUAGCGCAUUAUUUGUGAAAUUUACAUAUAUAAUUUUUAGAAAUUAUAUGCAAUGUGAAUAGUCAAACGUUUGUUUAAUAGUACUGUUAUAUUAAAAUCUAUAUAUCAUAUACAGAUAUAUGAAUAUAUAUAUUAUAUAUACAUACAUGUAUAUUUUAAUAAGAAUGAACAUAAGACUUCUAUAAUAUUGUUAUUUGAAUAAAUAUGUGAUUAUAUCUGUGUUU